UCUAUAUUUAAUGUUCCAUACAUGUGUCUAAAGAUUCGAUGGGAUGGAUGAAAAAAUUUUUUUAGGUAGGAAACUAAAUAGGGCCUUAAAAAAACAAGCACGCCCAUAGUUUCCCGCCGUACAUAUCCCGUCGGUCCCGUACGUCCUGCCCAAUCCAAUUCAAAACCUCCUCUCUCUCUGCUGCCUGGUCAGAGAGGUCUCAGCGACUUCGCCGUAUCGGCGGGCGCCUGCAACACCGUCCAAAUACACGGGCGCGGCACGCCGGAACACCGAGACAUGCUCACAUAUGCACGGCGGCCGGGCGCGGGCGGCGGCGGCCAUUUUUAAGUACAGUAAUAAAUAAGUGCCAAUCGCCAACCUGAUCACUCCACGCCAUCCUCUUCUUCCUCUAAUGUCGAUGAGCAAGCUCGCCGUGGGCGUGGCCGGCGGGUGGGCCGACCUCCCGCGGGACCUCCUCGAGUCCGUGCUCGCCCGCCUCCCCGUGCCGGACCGCGUCCGCUUCCCUGCCGUCUGCACCGCCUGGCAGUCGGCCCACACCGCCGCGGGGAUUCAGCACGCCGCGCUGUCCCCGUGGCUCAUGCUCCCCUUCAACCCGACCGCGCGGGUUGACAGCGUCGACGACAACGACGGGAGCUGCGCCAAGCUCACGGUGGUGCGGUUCCUGAGCCUGGCGGAGGACCGGGCGUACGCGAUCCGUCAGCCGGCGCCGGCCGCCCGUGAACGCCUCUGCGUCGGCUCGUCGCCGGACGGGUGGCUCGUCACCGCCGAUGCCUGCUCGGAGCUGAGCCUUCUGAACCCGGUUACGGGCGCGCAGCUCCGCCUCCCGCCCGCCGCCACGCUCCCGUUCGUCGACGCACGCCGUGGCGCGGACGGCCGCGUCGAGAGCUACGGCCUGCGGUUCUCCUUCUUCGACGGCGGCUGCGGCGAGGAGGAGACGCUGGUACCGCCGGAGACGCUCGCGCCCGACAGGCUCCGGUUCGAGGUGUACGAGAAGGCUGUCGUCGUGUCGGCACCGCGGAGGUGUGGCACCUCGGCCUCCUCCUGGGGCGGGUACGCUGUGCUGCUCAUCUGCCAGCCCCUGGGCCGCCUCGCCGUCGCGCGUGCCGGGGACGCGGAGUGGGCGCUGCUCGACGCCGACGCGCCCGGGCGGUGCUGGGUGGACGCGGUGCGCGCGUCGUCGUCCUCCGCCCGGCGUGACCAUCAGCCAGUGUACACGAUGGACGCCGCGGGCCGCGUCGACGCUUGGGACACGGACGCCGCCACGGCGCCCAGGGCGGUCGCGCCGUCGUGCGUCUGCACGGCCCGCGCGUGCGCCAUGUCGGCGGCGUGCCGCAAGUACCUCGUGGAGCUCUCGCCGGGGUGCCUGCUGCAGGUGCACCGGCUCCGUGAGGCGGCGCACGCGCGGUACGCGUGGGAGCCCCGGCCGGAGCACGUGGAGUACACCACCACGGGCGCCGAGCUCUUCGAGUGGACGGCCGCCGCCGGCCGAUGGGCGCGGGCGGACGGCCGCGUCGUCCUGGGAGGGCGCGCGCUGUUCCUCGGGAAGAGCGUGUCGCUGUGCGUCCCCGCGGACGACGCCGGGGUGAGGAGUGACUGCGUCUACUUCACCGACGACGGACCGUGGUCGCACAACCGAUGCCACGAGGUGGCGCCGGACGUGGGCGUGCUGGACCUGACCGACGGGAGCUACCGGCCGCCGCGCGGCGCCGCCAGGGACCUGCUCUGGAAGUGGCCGCCACCGGUUUGGGUGUUCCCGUCACUCGCCGACUGACUGAUCCGCCCCCUGCCUCUGAAUCUUGGAAGCUUCUAUGACAAAUCAGUGUGUAGAGCUCAUCAAUUUCUCAGAAAACAGCGGCUCAACUUCUCGUUGACCUGCUGCAACCUGUGUGCAUGCAUACGAGUAGUAGUUCUUUAGAUUAAUGAGGAUUGCGUUGAAUAAUAAUAAGAACACGUGUAAGUUGUAA